AUAAACCCCGCCCAUUUCUACCAUUUAUCUUCUUAAAUUUUGAUUUUAACCGUAACCUUAACCAUACUCACAUACUGCUAGCCUUAUGCCUAACGCAAACCUUGAAUUAAGACCAAAGAGCAAAUUUUUGUUUUUACGAUAGAGCCAACUUUGUGGCUGUGGUUACUAGUGAAAACCCUGCUCUCGAAAGGACAGCGUAUUUACGUAGGCCGCUCAACAAGUACGUUGAUUUGCGAGCGGGAGAUUUUUGUUCAAGGCAAGCAAGAUAAACUGGAGACAUACCUUCGCCUGUCCAUAAAUAAAGAUGGCUAUGAGGAGCGAGGCCAGGGUAGAGGUAGAGGAGGAGGAGGAGAGUUUUGGACCACAGCCACUGAGCAGACUUGAGCAAUGUGGCAUCAGUGCCAGUGACCUAAAGAAACUGGAGGAUGCAGGCUUCCACACCAUUGAGGCAGUGGCCUAUGCCCCCAAGAAGGAGCUGCUCAACAUCAAGGGGAUCAGUGAGGCCAAAGCAGACAAAGUCCUGGCUGAAGCUGCCAAACUAGUGCCCAUGGGCUUCACCACAGCAACAGAGUUCCACCAACGCCGAGCUGAAAUCAUCCAGAUCUCCACUGGGUCCAAAGAGCUGGACAAGCUGCUACAGGGUGGGAUAGAGACGGGCUCCAUCACAGAGAUGUUUGGAGAGUUCCGGACAGGAAAGACACAGCUGUGCCACACCCUUGCAGUCACCUGUCAGUUGCCCAUUGAUCAGGGUGGUGGAGAGGGCAAAGCCAUGUACAUUGACACGGAGGGGACCUUCAGGCCAGAGAGGUUACUGGCUGUAGCAGAGAGGUAUGGACUUGUUGGGAGUGACGUUCUGGACAACGUAGCCUACGCUAGGGCAUUUAACACAGACCACCAGACCCAGCUGCUUUACCAAGCCUCAGCCAUGAUGGCAGAGUCCAGGUAUGCCAUGCUGAUAGUGGACAGUGCCAUGGCCCUCUACAGGACAGACUACUCAGGGAGGGGAGAGCUCGCAGCACGGCAAGGCCACCUGGGACGCUUCCUGAGAAUGCUGCUGAGGCUAGCAGACGAGUUUGGCGUUGCCGUAGUGAUAACCAAUCAAGUGGUGGCCCAGGUAGACGGUGCUGCUAUGUUCUCGGCAGACCCUAAAAAACCCAUUGGGGGCAACAUCAUGGCACAUGCGUCCACUACACGACUGUACUUGAGGAAAGGCCGCGGGGAGACGAGGAUCUGCAAAAUCUAUGACUCGCCCUGCCUCCCUGAGUCUGAAGCCAUGUUUGCCAUUAACGCAGACGGGGUGGGUGACGCCAAGGACUGAGCUCAGCUGGAACCAUGCCAGAGGGUGAGAGCAUGGCUGUAUUUCAUGAGGCCAUGCCCCUCACCGGCCACCGUAGACUUGCACAAUGGCAGCUCUUUUGUGUUGUGUACACACUUCCCUGAGGCAAGGGCUAAGAAAAAUGGCUAAUAUGGGAGAUGCUGGCCAUAACGGUUGAUAUGAUUUUGGACCGUUCCAUACUGAGAAAAUAAUGCAUUCCUACACUAUGGGAGGGUACUUUGCAUGGAGUGUUGCCUAUUGCCCUAAGGAGCACAGUGAUGCACAUGCUUAGGCCAACACUGUAUACAGAUCUGUAUGGCUCUAAGAAGCUUUGAGAACCAGAGGGAGCUCGGCUUCACAAAUGUGUGGAAUUUAUUUCACCGACCCAACAGACUUGUAAAAUAAUGAUUGUUUUCUUUUUGUAAUAACUCCACUGGAUAUGUGGACUUAUUAUUUAAGAAACGUAAUGUUUUGAAAGUAUUGUGACUUUGGUUUUUCAAGGAUGUCUGGUUUUCUACAAGUGUUUUUCAUUACAACCAUUGUUUGAAUUUGACAUUCCCACUGUAUAUCAGAUCAAUUCUAUUUAUUCUAUUAUUAAGAGCAGAUGUUUGAUUGGAUAAACAUACCAGUACAGACCCCUUGACACUCUUCAAUUUUCCCUAUUUCUUUGUCCAUUCCAGAACUAUACUUUGUUUAAGAUGCAUUGUAUUAAAACAUUUUAUCAUUAGGA